AUGCUGCCAAUCGAAGGCCCGAACACAGUAGGUAAAGGUCCCUCCACCCUGUUGCCAUCCAGGAACAGCGACAGAAAGAGAGAGGAGAUGCACAACCAGCAGCUCAAUGGGGAAUGGACAGGCACUGUAUGGGGCUUGAGAUGGGUACGAGGAAGGAGAGUGGAUGAGGAGGAGGAGGAGGAGGAGGAGGAGGAGGAGGAGGAGGAGGAGGAGGAGGAGGAGGAGGAGGAGGAGGAGGAGGAGGAGGAGGAGGAGGAGGAGGAGGAGGAGGAGGAGGAGGAGGAGGCGGAGGGGGGGGGAGGGGGAGGAUGA